UGAUUUUGACUAAAGUUUGACAAAGAGGAAAAGACGCGGACCUUGCUGUGAGACAUCAAAACAGAUCUGGUCAACAAAAAUAAAAUAAUCACCGCAGGUCUCGCUGUUUGACAGCGGCGCAGCGUUUUACGAUCACACUUCUGCACAUCACCGCAGGCGACAUGUCCCUGCGCUACGGCAACAAGGUGGUGGUUGUCACUGGAGGAUCGAAAGGGAUCGGCAGAGGGAUCGUCAGGGUGUUUGUGGAAAACGGUGCCAGAGUUGUGUUUUGUGCAAGAGGAGGUGCAGCAGGUGAGGCUCUAGAGGCGGAGCUAAACAAAGCAGGACCAGGCUCCUGCACAUUUGUCACAUGUGACAUCUCCAAAGAGGAUGACAUCAAGAGGCUGAUUGCAGUCACAGUGGAGCGUUACGGACACAUCGACUGCCUGGUCAACAACGCAGGAUGGCAUCCUCCUCAUAAACCCACCGACGACACCACAGCAGAGGAGUUUAGAGAUCUGCUGAAUCUGAACCUCAUCAGCUAUUUCCUGGCUUCUAAAUAUGCGCUGCCGUACCUGCGGCAGCGUCAGGGUAACAUCAUCAAUGUCUCCAGUCUGGUGGGAACCAUUGGGCAGAAAGACGCUGCGCCAUAUGUCGCCACCAAGGGGGCGAUCAUUUCCAUGACAAAGGCCAUGGCUGUGGACGAGAGUCGCUACAACGUGAGAGUCAACUGCAUCUCUCCGGGUAAUGUGCUGACGCCUCUGUGGGAAGAAUUAGCGGGACAGACUUCAGAUGCUGCGGCAGCCAUUAAAAUGGGAGAAGAUGCUCAGCUGAUGGGUCGUAUGGGGACGGAGGCUGAGUGUGGUCUGGCUGCCUUGUAUCUCGCUGCUGAUGCUACUUUCUGCACCGGGAUAGACCUGCUGCUCAGCGGAGGAGCUGAACUCAACUACGGCUUCAAGAGUCAGAUCCCGGGCUGACCCCCUGCCCCGCCCGCCCCCACCUCUCUCUCGGUCUCUGGAGUCUCUUUAUUUUUAUGGCUGUGGAGCAGCUGAUUUUGCAGAUUAAUUUGUUUAAUGCAGAUUACACGUGUUAAACUGUGCUGGUAACAUUAUUAAGAUGAAUUCUAAAUCGUUUUAACGAGGAGGGGGGGUAAUUCAGUAAAAAUAAGUCAUUUCAUUCAUUUAGUUCUACAAAUUGCCUGGUUGAGGUUAGUCAGCAUAAAAUUUGGCGUCCUGACCAACUGUGUAACACGACC